AUGCACACCCCGAGCUCCUCCUUCAUCAGCUUCGCGUUGCAGAACUGCUCGCCCCCCAGUGGCCACGCGAUCACCGGCACCCCGUGCCGCAUGCUCUCCAACGACGAGUUCCACCCGCAGUGGCUCACGAACGCCCCCGUCGCCGCGUGGGCUAGAAUCUCGAUUUGCGGGACCCAACCCCUGACCACCAGUCCGUCUCCCUCUCCCACGACCCCUUCCGGCGCCUGGUCCGCCGCCGGCGCCGCCCAGAGGAACGGCCGCCCCUGCCCCUCCAGCGCCGCUGCAAGAGCCGCCGCCUCCCCGGCCGGCAGCCGGUUCUGCGAUCCGAACGACACGUACGCCACCGACCCCCGCGGGUGCCGGUCCAGCCAAGCUCGGCAAACCGGCUGCCGGGUCGGCGGCGCCUCCGUCCUUCACGCCGCGGCCGGCGGGAGGCUUCGGCGCGGCGGCGAAGAGGGGGCCCACCGCGAAGACAGGCAGGCCGGAGGAACUAGCCCAGGCGUCGAGAAAGGGCUUCUCGAGGGCGUCAGCGGUGUUCCAGAGUGCGGCGCCGGAGCCGCGGGCAGAGAUCGGCUUGGCGGCGGACGAAGACGGCGGGUGGAGUGGUCGGGGGAGGCGGCGGAGAGGCCCGGAGGUGUAAAGGACGGCGUGGAAGACGCCGAGGGAUUGGGCAACGGGGACGGUCCAGGGGAGGAACAUGUCGGCGAUGACGCAGAGGAGGGGAGGGUCGGCGCCACCAGCGCCGGCGGCGGAGAGGUCGGAGAGGAGGCGGUGGAAGUGAGGUUGGAGGGAGUAGGUGGCGUGGUUGAAGGGGGUAACGAGGUGGGCGGGGAGGGCGAAGGUGGUGUCGGCGUCGGGGGGGAGGCCAUGGUCGGAAGGGCGGAAGGGGAUGGCGGCGAGGCGGAGGGAGGGGAAGAGGUCGUGGGGGAAGAGGCGGCGGAGGUGGGGGAGGUUGCCGGUGGUGGGUGA